CAGUGACGCAGCGCUCUGACAAGAAAAAAGGGUGUACAAAGAUGGCGCUGCCCAUGCUGAGAGGCUGGGCAAGGCUGCGGGCGCUGACCUUACCCUGGCCAGCGGCGGGUUACCAUGCCAGGCCGAGGACCAGGGGCAUGGACGUCAUCUAUAAACCUGAUCCUAACGACCCAGAGACCAAGGCCUGGCAUAAAGGGCCGGCCUAUGAGGCCAAGCUGUAUGGCCGCUAUGGUAGCGCCUCUGGUGUCAACCCUGAGAAGCUGUGGCCGAGCCCCGAGCAGCUCCGGGCGAUAGUGAAGGAGGAGGAGGAGUGGCACCCGAGCCUAAGGGAGAUGCAGGAGCGGCUGGAGGCCAAGGAGAGGGAGCUAGAGCAGAAGCAGAAGGAAAGGGAGCGGCUGAUAGCGGCCAACAUGGCGAAAAUGCCGAAGAUGGUGGAGGAGUGGCGCCGGGCAAAGAAGGAGACAAAACAGAAAGAACGAGAAGACAAAGCCCGGAAGGAGCGGCUCUUGGCUCUCGCCCGCGAGAGGUUUGGCGUCCAUGUCGAUUCCCGCAGUGCCAAGUUCCAGGAGAUGGUGAAGGAGUUGGAGAAGGAGGAGAAGAAGAAAAUGAAGGCCGUGAAGAAAAAGCAGAGGGAGGAAGAGCGGGCAGCAAUGGCGGCGGUUUUAAAUGCCAUCCCUACAGCGGCACAGCCAUCACCACCAGCCCCCGAUAACGCCGCGUGAUGCCGGAUUACCGGAACACUGGACUGGCACCUUCACAAAACUUUUACUGUAGGGCGGUUCCUGCUUCUUCCAGUGAUGUCAGUCCAUGGCAGGGAUCAGCAACCUUCGGCACUUCAUCUGCUGUGAAACUACAACUCCCAGCAUGCGCACUUGCCUGGCUGUUC